UCAGCGCUGCUGGUUGCUGUUGGUGUUGCUCUUGAGCCUCUCCUCCCACACCUUCCUGCUAUCCUGGAGCUCCUUCUCAAGCGCAGCCUGCGCCUUCUGCUGCUGGGAGAUGGAAAUACACAAAAACACCACGGCAAAUGAGCAAAAUUUGGCCAUUCCAACGGACUGAUGGGCCAUGCAUGCCUCUCCUGCGUGCCAGAAUGCGCCUAUCCCAUCCUCACCUCAAUGUCGCACAUCUUCUCUAUGAGCUGCUCUACGGUCAGAUCUCGCACCUCAUGGCCAUCGUCUUCGAGUUUCUUCACCAGUUGCCGGAUCCUCUCGCUGAAGUGGCUCUGCGAUGGCGCAGAGGGACGCGGCAUCCUGCCGAACAGAUUCGAAAUUUGCGAGCUUAGAAGAUAUCGAACUCAUUGCAGCCACGUCCCUCCCGAGGCCACAGCGGCCUUCCAGGCCCUCAAAGCCGAGCACGACAAGACCCUCUCGUUCAUCUCCGGCACUCUG